GCGCGGGAGGCGGCGCUCGGGGCUGCGGUUCCCGGCACGCCCUGGAAGAAGGCGGCGAGUGCGCCGCGGCCCCGCGGUCAGCGGAGCGCUCGGCCCGGCAGGGAUGGACGCCGUGCGGCUCUGCGCGCUCUGGCUGCCCGGCCUGGUCCUCAUCCGCCCGGGGUCGGGAAGGGGCCCGGGAGACCCGACUGUACCGGCAUGCUCUAAUUUCUCCUUCAAGUCCUGUGAAGAAUGUCUAAAAAAUGUUUCAUGCCUUUGGUGUAAUACAAAAAACACUUGUAUGGACUAUCCUGUGAGAAGUAUUCUUCCAUCAUCUUCACUGUGUCCACUCUACGAUGCUCGAUGGGGUGUUUGCUGGAUGAACUUUGAGGCCUUCAUCAUUGCCAUAGCUGUAAUAGCAGGACUCAUCCUGCUGUCAAUUGGUGUCUGUUGCUGUUACUGCUGCUACUGCAGAAGGCGUUCUAGGGGUGUACCAGAUGAACAGGAAGAAAGACUUGCCAGAGAUCGAGAGGAGAGACGAAUGCAAUCUCUUCAGCGGAAACAUGAAAGAAAAAUGAAACAGGAUGAGAUACGCAAGAAAUAUGGAUAUGAUGAUAUCCAAUAUUUACUCCCCUGCUUGAAUUGCCAAGGAUAUACUAUAGCAUUGCACAUUAUUCUAUUGACAGAUGUUACAUAUAAUAAAGUCUCCUUCAGGAUUCUGAUCAUCCUUACAGUAGAUUUGAGAAUGAAUGAAAACAGACACUGUUGAAUCUCCUCAUCGAAAACUAAGAUUCCAGGAUAAAUGAGCACUUUUAUAUUGCUUUUCAGCGGUCUUCAGGCUUCUUUUUUUGCAGGUUUUCAGACAGUAAAAAUAAAUGCACAAAUAUUUACUAAAAUAUGUAUUUUUAAUCUGGCAUAUUUAUCUUUUAGAACUAAAUUUUUAUAAACACUUUUGGUUUUCGAAAUGUUUGCCAAUUGUGCUCUCAUUAAAUGUGAAAUGUCACCUUUCCACUUUUAAUAAAGCUUUUCUUUGGAAUUUGAUUUAAAUAGUUAACUUCCUAAUCAUGUAUUUGAACUAAUAUCUUAGCUCACCUUUCUCUUUAAAAAAAAAAAAAAAUCCUCUGUUCCCAUGUUCCUAAAUAAAGAUUUUUUUUCUAAAUCUGUUGUAUGCACAUAAGUGAUGGCAAGAGUAACGGAAGCAUUUGAUACUGCAGAAGUGUGGUAUUGGUAUUGACAAGAAAUAAUUACAGCGUACAAAUUCUUUAGUAUCAAAAUAGUAUGUGAAGAGUUUUUUUAAAAUGCAAAAUGCGAUUUUUUUUAUUUAUUUUUUUUGCAUAGCAUAAUCUGAUGUAAUAGCCUGGUAAUAUAUGAACAUUUCUGUGUCCUUGGUGUGGAGCAAAAGUUUUGAGUUAGUAAAACGGGCACAAAAUCUUUUUGAAACGCAUGCAAAAUCUUAAUAUACAUUUGUGUGUAAGCUUGAGAGGUAAUAUCAGGCUGUUUUAAAAAUCUUUCUUCCAUGAACAAUUCUCUAAAUUAAAAAUACUGCAUGAUGCCAAGAUAGCAUCAGUUUAACAGUAUAAUAAUUUCAUAUUUGUUACCUUUGAGUUUUUGUGGGGAAAUUUUCAUAAUACAUUGAGUUCUGUCAUCUUCCUGGAUUGGUGGAUUUUCAUUUUUUUCUCUUCAUACACAAAUGCCUUCCUUGAGCAUUUUAAAUAUGAAGGAGGAAAAAAGAAUGAACCUCUGCAUUCUGCAUCAUGUCAGCAAAUUAUUUAAUGUGAAUUUCCAAUUCUAUGUAGUUGGAUUUCACUCUGUAUUAUCUUCUGCUGAAUAAAUUUACAGUACUGAA